CUUUUCAGUUGAAAGUUCAAAAUGCCAGCUUAUUUGUAGUGAGAGGGCAAAUUCCAUAUCGGUGAUAUGAGAAAAUGGAUUCAAAAUGAAACUUGACAGGAUUCUUCAGCCAGGUGCUCUGCUUGGAAAUCACUGGUGUUUGGUUGAUGUCAAAGAUUCAGAGCUUUGCACUUCUGCAGGUGACCUACCUGCUCCUGAUAUAUUCUUGAGUGCAACUUUGGUUCACGAAGGAGAAAUUAUCGCAGUACUAUGUACGGCUCCAUCAGAGGUUGUGGUGACCAGAUUUUUCUUCUGUAAAGAUGGGGCUCCUGUUUCAUUCAGGAAAGCAACAUCUCAAAAUGUUCUAUACAUAAUCAAUGCAUCAUUGAGUAAUGCUGGCCAAUAUUCCUGUGGUUACCAGCAGAAGGAUGCAAAGAACCAAGAGAAGACAUCUGCCCUCAGUGUUGCUCAGAAUCUGAUUCUCCAGUCAGGUGCCCUGCUUGCAAAUCACUGGUGUUUGGGUGAUGACAAAGAUUCAGAGCUUUGCACUUCUACAGGUGAACUUCCCGCUCCUGAUUUAUUCUUGAACAAAACUUUGGUUCUGGAAGGGGAAACUAUCACAGCACUAUGUGCGGCUCCAGCAGAUGUGGUGUUGACCGGAUUUUUUUUCUGUAAAGAUGGGGCUCCUGUUUCAUCCAAGAAAGCAACAUCUCAAUAUGUUCAAUACAAAGUCUUUGCAUCGCCAAAGAAUGCUGGCCAAUAUUCCUGUGGUUACCAACAGAAGGAUGCAAAGAACCAAGUGAAGAUAUCUGCCCUCAGUGUUGCGCAGAAUCUGAUUGUCCAGCCAGGUUCUUAUGAUUCCAAUGGUCAGACAAUACCUCCCUAUAUUUGGAUUCUCCGCUCCUCAUUGGUGCUUCUUCUCCUGGUCUCAGCGCCAAUCUUCACCUAUUUCAUGGAGAAGUGUAAUUGCUCCUUGGUCGGACAUAGAAACUAGGAAAUAAAAUUGAAAGGUGGGAAAAUGCCUCCAGACUGUUCUUUGUCUAUCCUCCUAAACUCACCCAUCUAUUCACUUACAAUAAUGUUUCCAGUAUUUUACUAAAUGGCUUGGGUUCAUGACAUCUGGUCGGCAUGCCAGAGGUUUUUAUAGCAGAUACUGAAAACAAUACAGCAACGGUGUCCACAUAGUAUUAAUGGAUAGCCUUUUGUCUACUGGGAUUUAUAUUAUUUGCUGCUUAUUUUAAGAUACCAAUAUUUUAAAAUAUUGUUUGUAUUUCUGCCAAAAAAAUUGUUUCACUAUUGUGUUUCUUUGAAUUCUGUCGUAUUUCUAUAAUAUGUUAGCUACCUGGUGUGUGCUAUGUUUAGAAAGACCACAUUCUAUGUAAAUGAGUAGAGAAAAAGAUGCACAGAUAGAAAAACAAUUAUAUAGGGAUCCUCAACUGGUAGACCAUGGUGGGGAACCUUUCGGGGUCCAACCCCAUUAUCCAACUUUGAUAGAUGGACCGGUCAACCCACCUGUCCAUCAAAUGACACAAUUCUGUUAAAAUCCCUUCACACAUUUCCCAAACAUGGGAACCACAAAGCAAAGGGGGUUGGCAGCCCAAUGCUUUGCAAACCAUUUCAUUAGGCUCGAUUGGUGGUUAGGCAUUGGAUUAUCUCUGAAAGGUUACAGGUGGGGAAAAGUUGCUGCCAUCACCUCUCCCAAAAUGCGGAAGGGUACUCCCUUAAGGAGUCCGGGGGCGUGGCCAUGUCCGAAGCCAUGGAAGGUGAGGGCCUAAGGCACGCCCCUUAUCGGUGGCCCCAUGGUGAGUUCCUAGUUGAUCUGCAUCGCAGGGCUCACCCAACAGUGGUUAACCCUUCACAGACUGCCAGCACAGCGGGCUGGAGUCAGAUAUAGUCGGUUAGAUCCAAUGCCUAAGCCAAUACCUCUUCACAUCCAUAACCAAUAAAGUUGUGGCCU